UUAUUUCCCCCCGCCCCCCGCCGUGUGCCCGUGUAGCUCGGCAGCACGCUCAGCUAGCUCCCAUGGCCGCGGCCGCCUCCGCCCCCGCCUCGCGCUGAGCCAAACCCUAGCACUCUAGCAGCAGCGGGACACCAGCAAUUGAACGCUAGAUCCUCGUCCCGUUCAUCGCCCGUCGCUUCCUCUCAUGGCGGACUCCACGCACCACACCAUCCGCCGCGCCGCCGCGCGGCCCCGCGGCUGGUGCUGCUCGUUCUCCGGCCUCCCGGAUAGCCCCGAGCACCGCGCGCUCCCGGCCGCCGCCGCCCAGAAGCUGCCGCCCAAGUCCCCUCUGGCGCCGUCGUUCCACAGCUCGCCGUCGUCCAAGCUCGCGGGCCUCAUCGACCCGCGCAGGAUCCUCUCGCCGGGGCGCGUGUCGCCGAUAGACUCCGAGGGCUCUCCGGCCGUAGCGGCCGCGGGGGCGGAGGAGGAGGAGGCGCUGCCGAGGGAGCAGGCGGCGGCGCUGGCGCCGUUCGUAGCGGUGCGGGAGGACGAGGAGGAGGGUGGGGGCGGGCUGGAUCUGAGGCUGUCCCUGCGCGGGAGGGACGGGAGGUGCGUCGUCAUGGAGCUGGACUCCGCCGUGCUGCGCGAGAGCAGCGCCUUCUUCGCCGACAUGGUGCCGGACGCCUCUGGUGGAGGGGGCGGCGGGGGUAAGAGGGUCGAGGUGGAUGGGGUAGACAACCUGGAGGCGUUCAAGGAGGCCGUGGAGCUCAUGUUCGAGCCCGACGCCAUGCGCUGGCUCGCCAGGGCCGGCGUGUCGCGGGCAAUUGGUGUGCUCGAGGUUUCCUCCUCUAUUAUGUUUGACAGAGGAAUUGAAUCAUGUUUGAGGUACAUUGAAGCAGUUCCAUGGAAUGAGAAUGAGGAAGAGAGGCUGAAGCAUGUUUUUGCUAGAUGUACUUUUGAUGAAUCAGUAUGUAGAGAUGUGCUGGCAAGAUUGCAACAACAAUGCAGGAGCGGCUCAGAGGAUUUGACAGUGCAGCUUGUUGAAUCUGUCACCAGUGGAACCAACAACGGUGCAAGGAAAGAGUUGCAAUCUUUGGUCAGCAGUCUCCUAAGCAAAAGCUCAGUCUAUCAUAAGGACUUAUCUGGGCUAAACAAAGGGAGCCUUUAUCAAAUAUGCUGUUCCUGUUUGAGCUCACUGGUGGAACUUUUCGUGGAAAACUCAGUGCCAGUCGAGGAUGCAGGUCAAGCUACAUCAGUUUCAGAUAGCAAGCCUAUGGUUGAAAGGGUCAGUAAGCAAACUGAGAAUCUCAAUUGGCUCUUUGACAUCCUUGUAAACAAUGAUAUGGCAGAAAGAUUUGUUGAGUUGUGGGCUAAGCAAGACGAGCUCAUCAGAAUGCAUGAGCAAGCAUCACCAAUGUUCAGAUACGAGCUGAGCCGGAUAUCAGCGAGCGUGUUCAUCGCUCUGGGGAAAGGGAGAAUCCAAUGCCCCAGUGAUACGAGGAGCCAGUUGUUCUAUGGAUGGUUCAGGCCAAUGCUAAUGGACUUCGGCUGGCUCCAAAGGUGCUCCAAAGGCCUUGAUGUCAGGAUACUGGAGGAGAACCUAGGGCAGGCCCUGCUCACCCUUCCACUUCAGCAGCAGCAAAGCUUAUUCGAAGAAUGGUUUCGGUGCUUUGCAUCUAGAGGCACAGAAUGCCCUAACCUCGGCAGAGCCUUCCAGGUAUGGUGGAGGAGGUCAUUUGUUAGAUCAUCUGUAGAGGUGCGUCGGUGAGCGUUUUACAUCACUGUGAGGUAUAUGUGUUGCGUGUAUGAAUGUAAAAUGAUAGCCGUUGAGAGUAUAUUCAAAUUUUGUUUUUCCUCUUAAUAAAAUCCAUCAUGUUCUUCCA